AUGUUGGAGAAAGGUAUAGUCACCGGAUGUACUGUUUCUGUGGUACUCUUCGUCAUGGGGAUGAAUCUGCUCAUCAAUGCUGCCAUUAGAGAGACCCGCGGACCAAAGACAGAGUCAGGUAUCUACCUCCCAUCAAGCCGAGGUUUUAUGGAUGACCUCACGUUGACGACACCAACACACGUCCAGGCUAGAUGGAUGUUGACAGCACUGACAGACGUCGCGUCAUGGGCCCGAAUGAAAUUCAAGGCCGUAAAGUCCAGGUCCCUCAUUAUCAAGAAAGGCAAGACGACAGACAGAUUCGUGCUCCGAGUACAGAACGAGGAGAUCCCAUCCAUCACGAAGAACCCAAUCAAGUGCCUUGGGAAGUGGUUUGAUGCCAGCCUAGUAGACAAGGACAACGUCAAGAAGCUAGAGAACCAGGUAGAAGACGGGCUGAAGAAGAUAGACCGGAGCAACCUACCUGGGAAGUUCAAGGCCUGGCUGUACCAGCAUGCCUUACUACCAAGGCUGAUCUGGCCAAUGAUGCUGUACGAGGUACCCAGCUCAACAAUAGAAGCCUUAGAGAGAAUCACCAGCCGACAUCUUCGCAAGUGGCUUGGAAUCCCACCCAGUUUCUCCAGUGUUGGACUGUAUGGGAAAACCAACAAACUGCAACUCCCACUAUCUUCACUGGUAGAAGAAUUCAAGACGGCGAAGACAAGACUGGUGCUUACCCUAAGAGACUCCCCAGAUGAGCAGAUCCGGGAAGCAGGGAUCGUUACCCGUACUGGAAGAAAGUGGUCAGCGACAGAGACUGUCAGCCAGGCGGAGAGCUCUCUCAUGCACAAGGACAUCGUCGGUGUAACGGCUGUCGGACGACAAGGUAUUGGUGCAACCAAAACACUCCUAUGGAGCCAAGCCAACCAGACUGAGAGGCGAGCCCUGAUACAGUCAGAAGUACGGAAGGAAGAGGAGAACAAGAGACAGGCCAGAGCGGUAGAGAUGGGUGCGCAGGGUGCAUGGACAACGUGGGAAACCAUGGAAAGGAAGCUGACCUGGGAAGACAUCUGGAAGUAUGAACCACUUCGUCUAUCCUUCCUCCUCAGGUCAGUUCAUGACCUCCUGCCAUCUCCAGCUAACCUCUGCCGAUGGGGACUAAUCACAGACCCAACAUGCAGUCUGUGCAAGAAACCAGGCACUCUGGAACAUGUUUUAUCUUCCUGCUCCACAGCACUGACGCAGGGCAGAUAUCGCUGGCGACACGACAACGUCCUCAGAGAGGUUGCCGAUUGGCUGGAAGGGGAGAAGAAGAAGCCACGCAGAAGUAACUCACAGGCAGGCCACAUCAACUUUGUGAGACCGGGUGAAACUGCGACGACAGAAGCUUCACAGAAGAAAUCGAUCCUUGACGGCGCCACAGGAUGGAAUAUGUCAGUCGAUCUAGGAAAGAAGCUUGUGUUCCCGGGUAUCGUCCAGACCAACUUGAGACCAGACAUUGUACUGUGGUCCGAGACAGGGAAGAAGCUCGUUGUCAUCGAGUUGACAGUACCUUGGGAGACGAGAUGUGAAGAGGCCUAUGAGAGGAAGAAGGCCAAGUACACUGAACUACUUGAGCAGUGCCGACACCGAGGUUGGCGGACUUGGCUAUUCCCCAUCGAAGUAGGCGCUAGAGGGUUCUGUGCACAAUCUGCAUGUAGAUUGAUGACAGCUGUUGGCACCACUGGCAGAGACAGGCGACGGGCAAUCCAGAAGCUGAGCCAGGCUGCUGAGCGGGCGUCUAGCUGGCUGUGGCUACGACGCGAGGAGACAAGCUGGAUGCGAUCAACCUCCACACCGUAA